AUGACAUUCAGCCCGGCGGAGGCCAGGUGGGCUUGUGAAGCGGGAGGCGCUGAGAACCGGACGACGGUUGCGCGUGGCGCCGGCGCGCGACUGUCAAUCAAGGCUGCAGAGGGGCGGGGCGGUACUUCCGCCUGCGCUUCGCCGCUCGGCGGCGCCCGGGACAGUCGGGAACCGCGCCCGCAGCCGCCGGCCGAGUGGCCGGAGAGGGCGAUGGAGCUGGAGCCCGGGGUGUUGCUGCAGGAGGCUCGCGAGAACGUGGAGGCGGCGCAGAGUUACAGGCGGGAGCUGGGCCAGAGGCUGCAGGGGCUGCGGGAGGCGCGGAGUGGAGGAACUCUAGUUCACCUGGAGAGGCCAGAGAACUUGCAUCUGAGAGGCCCCUCUCUAGAACCUGUUGCCAAAUGUGCUCAUCUUCCAGCCCUGAGAUGCUUCAAAUGCUGUCCUUGCAUGUUGCUGCAGGCGGCAGUUUCCUUCCUCCCUCAGGCUGACUGUAUGUGUGCACUCUGCUUGGCUUAUCCACUCAUCCGUCGGUGGACGUGUAGAGAUGCCAGGGAGGAAAACAUACACGACCAUUGGAUAAACGAGCACACAACUGACUCGCCACACCGACUCUGAUCAUCUUCAUCAGCAGAAGCAACAGGUUCUUCUGGAUUUUUACCUCAAAUUCACUGACUUCAUGUUUUAUUUUUGUUGACUUAUUCUGACACCUUCCUCCCCUCUGGUAUAAUAAAUUACUCCCUCUGAAGAAUACAGCCAUCCGACACCCACCUCACAGGUUAUUGUGAGGAGUAAUUGAGAUAAUGUGUGUAAACAUUGAAAUACUUACACAAAUUAGCCGUAAUUAUGUAAACAACAGUCACCUGUGUGGUAGGAGCUAAGAUUGCAGGAAUACAAAAUACACUAAAAGUGCUCAAUAAACUGACAAAUGUUCAACAGUGA